AUGGCGACAGUGAACACAGAUGCCAUGGAUAGAGACACGUCCAGGUUUAAAAUCGUCCUCACGGUGCUCUCUGGAGUAGAGUGCAUGACUGGCAUGAUUGGGAAUGGCUUCAUCACUGCCAUCCAUGGGGCCGAGUGGGCCAGAGGCAAAAGGCUCCCUGUGAGUGACUGUAUCCUGUUGAAGCUGAGCUUCUCCAGGCUUUUGCUGCAGAUCUGGAUGAUGCUGGAGAAUAUUUACAGCCUAUUCUUCCUGGUCACUUAUAACCAAAACACAGUGUUUAUAACCUUCAAAGUCAUCACCAUGUUUCUGAACUAUUCCAACCUCUGGCUUGCUGCCUGGCUCAACAUCGUCUCUUGCUUUCGAAUUGCAAACUUUGCUCACUGUUUGUUCUCCAUGAUGAAAAGGAAAAUCAGAGAGCUGAUGCCUCAGCUUCUGGGGCUGUCACUGUUCAUCUCCUUAUGCUUCAGCUUUCGCUUCUUUAAAGAUAUCUUCAAUGUGUACGUAAAUAGUUCCGUUCCUAUCCCCUCCUACAACACCACUGAGAAGAAGUACUUCUCUGAGACUAACAUGGUCAACCUGGUUCUUCUCUAUAACCUGGGGAUCUUCAUUCCUCUGAUCAUGUUCAUCUUUGCAGCCACUCUGCUGAUCAUCUCUCUCAAGAGAUACACCCUACACAAGAAGAAAUACCCUACACAUGCCACUGGCUUCAGGGACCCCAGCAUGGAGGCUCACAUGGGGGCGAUCAAAGCUAUCAGCUACUUUCUCAUUUUCUAUAUUUUCAAUGCAGUUGCUCUAUUCAUUUCCAUGUCCAACAUCUUUGACAUCAACAGUUCCUGGAAUAUUUUGUGCAAAAUCGUCAUGGCUGCUUACCCAGCUGGCCACUCAGUGCUACUGAUCUUGGGCAACCCUGGGCUGAGAAGAGCCUGGAAGAGGUUUCAGCACUGUGUUCAUCUUCAUCUAUAAGAGCAGACCCUGUGA